GCUGUUUCUGCCUCCAAUACCAGGCUCUUUUACCUAGCCAAGCGCCAAGUCUCCGCCCCACAACGACCCCUCCAUCGAAAAACCUACACUCAACUCACCACUAUGAGCGACGAACAACAUCACACCCGCAAAGACCCUGACAUUUUUAAACACUUGAGCCCCAAGACUCAAGGAUAUCUACGAGCAUCAGCAAAUAAACGAGAAGAACAAUCCAAACUCAACGACGACAACAUGUCUACCGAACAGACCUUCAUUGCUAUCAAGCCUGAUGGCGUCCAGGUAUGUAUUGGCAGAUCACGAGAUGACAGGGGAAAUGAUACUGACUGUGUACAGCGUGGACUCAUUGGCCCUAUCAUCUCCCGAUUCGAGGCUCGUGGAUACAAGCUUGCCGCUAUCAAGUUGAUGACUGCCAGCCAAGAGCACCUCGAGAAGCACUACGAGGAUCUCUCCUCCAAGCCAUUCUUCCCAGGACUCAUCAAGUACAUGGGCAGCGGACCAAUCUGCGCCAUGGUUUGGGAAGGUCGUGAUGCCGUCAAGACCGGCCGUGUCCUCCUCGGAGCCACCAACCCUCUCGCCUCCGCCCCAGGCACCAUCCGCGGCGACUACGCCAUCGACGUUGGACGCAACGUCUGCCACGGCUCCGACAGCGUCGAGAACGCCAAGAAGGAGAUCGCUCUCUGGUUCAAGGAGGGUGAGGUUCAGUCAUGGAAGUCCGCUCAACACGACUGGGUCUACGAGAAGUAGAUUUUGUUCUACCAAUCUAAGAUCUAGUUCAUGCUAGGUAUUUGAGAUGAUGGAAGCUAGGUCGAAUACAUAGAAACCAAAAGUUGUUGCUGAAUGAAAUGAAAUGAUUACCGAAACAUGGAAUUUUAAUGUGAAUGUGCUUUCCUUGUAGCAGGCGCCAUUUGAUGCCUUCCAUUUUUCGGUUUUCAAUGAAAUAGACUCAUUGGUCUCUCAUCUAGUAUGUCCAAAGGUUUACUUGGGACUGCUAUUUCUCGACCUUUAUUUACUUCUCUAAGUUUUCUUAGUCCCUUACAACACGAUGCUUUUCUUGUCUACAGGGUUUCUUCCCAGGCACAGCUCCUGACAGCUGCCAUGCCAACCAGCUAGAUAUCUUCUCCCGUGCCAUAAACGAGAAGGAAUGAGUAGCUUGAUACCGGGAUCCUGCAUUUUCAAGGAUUCCAACUUGUCGAGGAAAUGCCAUGGCCUUACUCUUCUUGCCCGCUUUUGACAGACUCUCUUCCAUGCCGGACUUCCCUCUUCGCAGUUUUAUGCGGGAUGGCAAAUAUAAGAUUUCCCAAAUACAUAGGUAACCGUCGUGCUUUCAAGAUCCAGUUCCCUUCCCAGCACCAACUCCAACACCACCACCCGUC